ACGCGCCACCAUACUCCGUGAAUUUCACUGUCGUCUUCUUUCUCACUCCCAAAGUCCUUAAAAUACAAAUCGAAACUUCUCUUCUCCGUCCAUUUCCCAUUUCUCUCUGCAAUUUCAAAUCCUAACGCCAUGAAAUCCACCGCCAAUGCCAAGCUCAUCCUCCUCCACCCUUCCAUCCACAAGCAACCCCUGGCCGCCCCCACCGCCGCUACCGGUGGAGCCACUCUCUCCCCCCGCCGCUGGCUCUUCUCCUUCCUCACCUUCUUCACUCUCGCCUUUACUCUCACCCUCAUUAACUCUACCUUCUCCUCCUCCUCCAUCGCCGCUCGCCGCUCCGUCGCCGGCCAUGUCCCCGGCUCCACCGCCCUCCCCAAUUCUAUUUCCUCUGCCCUCCUCCAUUACGCCGCCGCCGACACAAACUCCACUAAACCCCACAUGUCCACCGCCGAGCUUUCCUCCAUUGCGGCCGCGCUCUCCCCUUGCGCUCCAGCGUGUAAUUUCUUAAUCUUCGGCUUAACCCACGAAUCCCUCCUCUGGUACGCCCUCAACCACGGCGGCGCCACCGUUUUCCUCGAUGAAAACGAAUUCCAGGUCUCUAAAUUCGAGCAAUCAAACCCCGGAACUGAAGCGUACGAUGUCCAAUACACAACCAAAGUGAGCGAGAUGAAGGAGCUUCUAUUUCAAGCCAAAUCACAAGCCGAUAACGAAUGCAAACCCGUUCAGAAUCUCCUCUUCUCCGAAUGCAAACUCGGUAUCAACGAUUUGCCUAACCACAUUUACCAAGUCCCAUGGGACGUGAUUCUCGUCGACGGACCUCGUGGGUACAAUGGGGCGUCGCCGGGAAGGAUGUCGGCGAUCUUCACGGCGGGAGUUUUGGCGAGAAGUAAAUGCGGGAAACGGAAUUCGAAAACCCAUGUGUUCGUUCACGAGAUGGGGCGGGAGGUUGAGAGAAUUUACAGCGAGGAGUUUCUUUGCCGGGAAAAUUUGGCGGAAUCGGUGGAUUCGUUGGGGCAUUUUGUGGUGGAGAAGGCAACGGAAAGGAAUGGCGGAAGAUUCUGUAAGAAUUCAUCUCCUGGUUCGUCGAUUUCUUCUGUGUGAUGUAAAUUAUCAUUUGAAACUUUUUGUAUGAUUAUUAUUGUGUGGGUUUGUAAAAUCUCAUAGUUUUUUGUUAGUAAUAUACUCUGUUUAGACGAUGGUGGUUGAAUCAAUCAAGUUUCAGGCCAUCGGAAUCUGCUUUAUGUAUCUGUUUGGUUUCCAAGAAAGAGCGAGAAAAUGUACAGAUAUGAAAAGAAAGAAAUUCCUUGCUUUCUUCUACUGUUCAUGUUUGUAGUA